GCUUCCGGAUUCAUUCCAAGAGAGUGAAAAUUUGGGAUUAAAGUUUCCUUGGAAAAGAUCGAAGACACGGGUUGAGCUGACUGCGAUCUAAUGGCCGCAUAUAUUGCACGACAUGCUAAGGCUAAAGUGGGCUUUGCCAAAGGUCAUAGAGACAAGGAUAUUGAUUGGCCUCUGUGAAUCUGCUCUGUGAUUCAAUAAGAUAAAUAUUGAAAACCAAAUGCAGACUAAUUAUCAUCGUCCUGAAUCCCCCAGUGCCAAGAAAAUGGUCCAACUUGUCCCAAUCAAGCGAAUAAGAUAUCAGAGAGUCUGUCCAUAAAGUUGUUAUGAGGGAUAGAAGCUGAUUCAAAGCAUAGCAACACUGUUCUCAAGAAAUGGUUGAAGGACAACAAUAUUCAAGUUAAGGUAAGCCCUGUCGUGAAUCCAGAGUUGAAACCCAUUGAAAAUUUGUGAUAAAACUUGAAAGCACGAAUCAGGAAAAAAGCACAUAAAUCUGGCCCAAUUGGAGCAGAUAGAAGUGGAAAAGUGACAUGCACAAAAUGACUCAAGAUGUUGUACGAAUUAUAUUCCCAACCACGAACGACAAUAGCAAUUGCAGCAACCUUCGUGGAGGUCAAGUUUUUAUUCUCAAAUCUAGAGUCUCUCAUGUUGCAAUAAAUGAGAUUCAAUGCAUGAUCUUAACUUGUACUGUAGAUGUGCGGAAAAAUUCUGCUCAAAUUGAUUGCCUGGUGGAAAUGAAGAAAAUGUGUUCAUAUCUAAGGAUUUUGAUUUCAUUUCUCAUUCUAAAACGCUUUUGCGUUUCAAUUUUUUUUAAAUCUCUUAUACGGUAGUUGUGUUGUCAUAAAGCAAAGCUAUGUUUGACGACUCACAUUGACCUUUCCUCGCCGCAGUAGGAAUGCUAUAUCGUAAAUUAGAUUCUUCACGGUUUUUUCGCCGUUGCAAAGCUUGUUAUUUAAUGCAAAGGAUGUCUACAAGGCUACAAAGCAAAACACGAUCAAGUAUAUAAAAGGCCAGGUCUACAAACGAGUUGAUGCGAGCAACCUCGGACAACUAGAGAUGUGGACUGCGACCGGAAGCAAAAAUUUCUUACCUCCUAAACCGUUCACUUUUUUAAAAUAAGCACUUCAUAUGACCACAAAAUAUUGUUGAAUAGAUGAACUUGGCCAAGUUUGAGCUCAAAACAAUGCUUAGGGAACGCAGGCGAAAUGUCCAAAGCUAUGAAAUAAGCACUACUUAAAAUUCGAAUUCCUGGUCAGCUUCAUAAGCCUUUGACAAUAUAAAUUUGAAACGAACGACUCUACAAGCAAAUGAUGAACAAUGACCUGUCUUUAAUUGAAGAGAUCUACGUUUCUUAUUUUCUUACUUUCAUUCAAAAAGUGACUCAGAGCUGCUAUGACCAAGAGCAGGCCGAUUUGGAGGCAAGCUCGUCCAUAGUCCAUAAUUCUAAAAGUUCGUGAAGUAGCCCUAAAUGCCCCUGACCAUAAGUUCGGUUUGGAAAUUUAGACAAAUUAUAAUCCAAAUGAGCUUAAAAUCUCAGUUCUGAGUAAUUCAAUGUUGGAGCACGAGGUACAGCAGAUGUUUUCCUAACUACUUACCUAUGACUAAGUAAUCCCUAGGACUUCAAUUUUAGUUACAAAAGCGUAAAAGGAAAAAAACUGCUCAUGAACUAGCAAUAAAUCUUCAGAAAUAAAAUUAUUUAACUUGGUCAAACGUUAUCCCUUGAACUUAUUUUUCUUCAUUUAUAAGAGUAACAUUUCUCUUUGGAUCCAAUCAAUCAUAUGUCCUGAAGCCGUGCUCAAGAAUAAAUAUCAUUCUUGUUUCGGAACAGGAAUACUGUUUAUUCUGUGCGUGUGUCAUUUGGGUCUUCUUGGGGCCUAAAUGUCUUUCAGACAUAUUCUGCCCCAAUUCAACUCAUUUAAACCCGUUUCCCAUUAUGGUUGUAACUGUUUUCGCAAGUUGUGGUUUAAGAUUUUGCACUCAACGCAAAAGGCAAAACACGAAAUAUUUGUGCGGUUUAUUAUUCCCCAUGCCGGCCGGCAUGCGUGACUAAUUGAAUUUCCACCAAAAUACAGACUUAGCCAAAUUCACUCCUCAUAUCAUUCGCUCCUGGUAAGGGCCAAUAACGGCUAUGGAUUCGACUAGUGAGGAUCAUCAAAAUAAAGACUCGGAUCAAAUCAUUCACGCCAUCGGAAAGUUCGGAAGAUGGCAGUUCCUGGCUUUUUUGGCCAUCGGCCUUUUGUACAUUCCGAACACUUGGUCGGUGGGAGUGAUAGCCUUCCUCAAUGCCAAGACCGACUACUGGUGCUCAAUCCCAAGUGACUUGAAAAUGGAUCUUACAGUUGAAGAAUGGAAGGAGAUCAGUGGUCAAAAUGUUUCAAGGUGUGAGAUCUUCAACAUCUCUCGUUCAAUGAUUGUUAAUCUUUCGGUGCCCAAGGACCUCCCUAAGAUCCCUUGUGAAUCCUUCACAUUCGAUCAAAGUAAAUUCACGUCAACGAUUGCGAGCGAAUGGAACUUGGUCUGCUCCGAGUCCUACAAAGUGAGCUUGGCACAAACGGUUUACUUUCUGGGACAAAUGAUCGGCAUUGUCAUCUUCGGCAUCUUGUCCGAUAAAUUUGGUCGGAAGCGGAUGUUCAUUCCGUUAUCGUGUCUCAUGAGCCUUUUUGGCGUUGUGGCCUCCAUUGUCGGAAACUACGAAGGUUUUCUAGUCAUGAGAUUUCUCAUGGCACUCACUAGCGUUGGUUCUAACGAGAGCAUGUUUUCGUACCUCCUGGAAUUAAGCGGGGGUCGUUGGACAUCCGUUUUGAGCCAAGGCUUCUUCCUUUGGUGGGUUUUGGCCUGGGUGACGGUAGCUCCGAUCGCUUACUUCUUACCACAUUGGCGUAUCCUCCAUUUGGUGACCUCUGGACCCUCUAUUUUGGCACUCACUCUCAUUUGCCUCUUACCCGAGAGUCCCAAGUGGUUGCUGGCCACGGGACGUCGUGAGGAAGCCGAGGACGUCACGGUUCGGAUCGCUGUUUUCAAUGGCAAUGAGAACCGGGUUCCCAAUACAUGGAAACUCACGUCCACGUCCACCAAAAUCUCGGACAAACAAGGUCAAAAUAUCUGGGACAUUAUGCGUUAUCCGGAACUUCGACUCAAGACCAUUUUACUUUGCUACUGUUGGAUGGCGGUGUCACUGACCUAUUAUGGACUCUCUUUGAAUUCGGCCAGUUUGGGUGGGGACAUAUUCAUGAAUCACAUUAUUGGCGGUCUUAUGGAGAUCCCUGGUUAUGGAGGGGCCAUGCUCUUGAUGAAUGUUUUUGGAAGGAAAUGGACCUUGUCCUUGGCCUUCUCUUCAUCCGGCAUUGUUCUGCUCUCCAUUGCUCGUAAGAAUUCUCGCUUUUGCAGGGUUCAGAUCAUUUCUAAGCCCUUUUUUCUAACAGUGGUUCCUAAGGAUAUGGAAUGGCUGGCCCUUGCAGUGGCCUUCAUUGGAAAGGCCACCAUCACUUUGGCCUUUGGUACAAUUUUUACCUAUACUGCCGAGAUUUUUCCCACGGUUGUCCGUGCCACAGGUCUUGGGUCCUGCUCUUGUUUUGCUCGAUUUGGAGCUCUGAUUGCUCCUUGGAUAGGCAUGCUUGACUCUUACCAUCCCUAUGUUCCCAUUACCAUUUAUGGUGUGUUGGCAAUGGUCGCUGGAAUAACGGUGUUAUUUUUCCCAGAGACCAAGGAAUCGAAGUUGCCGGAUUCGUUCAUGGAGAGUGAGAUGAUGAAACUGGGCUUGCCAUGGAACAAGUCUAAAUCGCUCGAUUUCAGCGCUCCCAUUAAACACUAGCACGAUUUUGACGACAAUUCUCAAUUGCAUGGAAAUUUCUUACGAACAUGUAAAAACAUGUAGAAUACAAAACAUUAAUUAAUCCAGCCUUGUAGAUUUUAACAUAACUCGAAUAAUAUAAAAGACUGUGUCCAAAUCAAAUGUCA